GCGCGUUCUCCUCCUGCAUCCGCAAACAAUCUUACAGGCCGCUCGCCGUCCUGCUGAAGGGGUUUGUUUCGAAAUCGUACUCGUAGGCUGCCCUUGCGACCGCCUCCUUUCUAUCGUUCACUCUUCCUUUCAGCACACAAUCGACCUACAGACUGUUAUACCGCGUGCAGCAUUCACUUGCAUUGCGCCGGCUUUUGGCGACCUUCAGUCAAGUAUCUUUUUUUUUUCAUCUCCAAAGAUCGUCCCGGAGCAAUUCUUGAUAGACCUUCUACAUCCUAUCUUCCGCACGAACAACUAGCCAUGUACCUGUCAACGUCGUUCUUCCUCCUCUUCUUGUCAUCAUUACCCUCAACUCUCGCGGCGACCGAGUCGAAACCCCCUCCGAAGCCAUGUACCAUUCACUCCCCUUCAACCGGCUCAUUCUUCGACCUUCGCCCUCUCCAAUUGACCCUCGAGGGUACAAAAUACCAAGUCGCCAGUAACGAAUCAUACCAUUCAAAGGGAUAUGAUUAUCCCGCAAAUUUCACCAUGAAUUUCUGCGGCCCAGUGCUUGAGGAGCUGGAAGAUGUCGAGGGAAUACCCACGAGCAGACUGAAAAAUAUCUCGGCCUACUAUAAAGAUUCCCGCGGUGACAUUUACAGCAUUGGCCAACAGAACGACCAGCCUCUCUUUCGGGGCAAGAAGCUAGUCCUCAAUUACACCAUGGGCUCACCCUGUCCCGAUCUUGAUGAGGAUGGCAAUCCCAUCGAUGCGGACCUCGUCGCAGACAAAGCCAACAACAGGCGCAAAUCCACCCUCCUGUCCUUCAUCUGUGAUACCUCCCCACUUCUCUCGACCCGCCCUGCUGUCUCCUUCCUUGGUUCUCCGGACCACUGUACCUACGUCUUCGAAGUUCGAUCUCGCUAUGCUUGCGGUGGCACUUUGCAGUCCGGAGAAAAAGGCACAUUGGGCCCAGGCGCCGUCUUUGGUCUGAUCGCGGGCAUUGCUUUGCUGGUCUAUCUCAUCGGAGGUAUCGUUUAUCAGCGCAACGUGCUGCACCAAAGAGGCUGGAGGCAGUUGCCAAACUACGCCAUGUGGGCGGGUAUCUUCGGCUUCUUCUCGAGGCCCUUUUCCGGGGGGCAACGCCGAAAGCGUCAUCCCUCAGCUGGAAGAGAUUACGAUUGGAAGUCGGACCUGCCUUGACCACCCACGGCUAACCUCAUUUUUACCGAUUGCGUAUAUAGGAUAUGUUUGUUAUCCUGUUCUCCUCAUGCACACAAAGGAUGCCCGGAGGAGUCACGCAACUGUUCGCUGGUCGACGUGGCUACCAUCGGGUAGGCUCUGACGAACGCGGACACGGAAGAGGCCGCACUCCAGACGACGAAAAUAGAUUGAUUGACCAGCUCGACGAAGAGUGGGAAGAUUGAGCAAGGCCACAAAAUCAAUCGUGUCAUUGCUCCUUGAAAAGGCAUCAAACUCGUCGUGCUUCAAAACUUGUGAGACUUCCGGCGAACACACACUGCCGACGCUCCUGGCGGCGCGGAGAUGUGUCUGACAUCAAGAAAAUCGAAUAUUUCGCACAGCAACCACGCUACAGCUCGGUCCAGUCACUGCAUGUCAUCACUAUGAGAUCAAUCUCGCCCUCGAGACUGUUCUUUUCACGUGUUGCCCGAAUUCUGCUCUCCACCAAACUGUCCACCAACGUCAUCUCCUCCUUGACCAAGAUCACUCAAAUCCAUCCCGUCCAACGCGGUGUUACCGAACUCCUCCAUUCCACUGCCUCCGAAGUUCGGUGGUUCAAUAUUAAAUGGUAACAACCACGCCGAUGAACUUGUGUCCAUCCCGCUGGUUCCUCCUCCCGCAAAUGGAUCGUUGAAUCCGUACGUCGUCAGAUCGAGUUGAUCCCAAGGAUUUGUGCUCGCAUAGUUUCCCACCGAGGGGGAGUUGAGAUUGUUCAGUCCUGAGGAAGUGUUUUGGUUGCCGCUGUUGUUGCCGGUGCCGGUAGGGUCCAUGCCGGCGUAUGCGGCGCCAAAGACCAUUUGUCUAUCGAUGGCCGGCAGGGUGGAUAUGAAAUGAAGGUUGUUAUAGUGUGGCGAUGUUGGUGAACCACCAUAGGUGUAAGGGUCCGGGAAUUGGGCGUUUUGGUAUAGUGACGGAGAUGUUAUGUCGAAGCUCGAAAGAUCAAAAGGCUGAUUAAGAUUGAGGUUCAGGUUAAGAUCGGCGCUUGUGGUUGGCAGAUGUUGUCCAGCCGGUUGUUGAGACAUGGACUGUCGUCUAUGCGAGUCCUGCCCAGCAGCGGACGAGCCAGCUCCAGCUUCAGCACCGGCAACCGUAGUAGAGCUCGUCGUAUUGUUGCCUUUA